GGGCUUGACUUGCCAAGGUGCUCGGUCGAGCGAUGGCUUGCGAGUGAGGGUGCAGAAGAAACGACGGAUGCAUACGCUUUGACACUUGUUCCCAAGUUUGACCUUCCACCUUUACCAAGUCAAGAAUAUAUCUUUUUGGUGGAUCGCAGUGGUAGCAUGGGAGGCGGAAGAAUGAACUCUGUCAAGGCUAGCUUACAGAUUAUGCUUCGGUCGUUACCCUCUCGAGAUACUACAUUCAAUAUCGUCUCUUUUGGGAGUCGUUACAGUUCAUUGUGGCCAACUUCGCAGAUGUACUCUGCUGAAUCCGUCAAAGAAGCCAGCAGCCAUGUCGACACAAUGUCAGCCAACUAUGGUGGCACCGAACUUCGUUCAGCCCUUCAAUUCGCCUUUAAUAGUCGCGUCUCGGCCAAAACAGCUUUCAAGGAUACCACACCGACGGCUGUCUUUGUGCUGACCGAUGGCGAAGCUUGGGAUUUGGAUGGCAUCCUGAAUGAAAUAUCGACUACUGUCAAAGCCACCAAAGAGAAAAAUGGCCUUCUACGAACCUUUGUUCUCGGUGUUGGAAACGAGGUGUCCACGGCCAUGUGCGAGGGAAUCGCACGUUCCGGCAAGGGAACAGCUGUUUACGUCGCU